UUGCCGGGUUCUUAUUCCCGGGCUCUGAUUCCCGAGUUCUUAUUCCCGGGUUUUUAUUCCCCGGUUCUCAUUCCCGGUUCUUAUUCCCGGUUCUCAUUCCCGGGUUCUCAUUCCCGGUUCUCGUUCCCGGGUUUUAUUCCCGGCGUCACCUCCCCGUUCGGAGCGGGGGGGACACGCGUGGAUCGCGUUCGGGAUCCGGGAUCUGUGUUGAGCGAAGCCCAGCCCAGGGAAGGCUUUGCCCGGCCCGGCCAGCUGCGUUGUGCUGUCGUGGCUCUCGGGCAUCGCUCCCGGGCUCGUCCCUCCCCGGGCAGCGUUUGUGCCCCGUUCCGAGCCGUGCUAAACCGGGUCAGGCGCUGGCUGCGGGCUCCGGGAGCGCAUCCCGGGGCAGGGACGCCCUUGAAGGUAGCGGUGAAGGAGCCGAGGGGCUCGGGGGGGUCACAGCUGGAGCUGGGUUUGUCCAGAUGUUCUUUGGUGUUUGUCCCGGGAUGCUGGGCUGGGUGUGCUCGGCAUCCUCCUGCCUUGCCCCGGGAUGUCUCAUUUUGGGUUCUUCUCCUCGGCAGGGGCGGCUCCUCCAGCUCGUUUUGCCCUAAAACGGAGCGAGCCCGAGCGGCUCUGCCCGCUCAGCCCUUCUGCCUUUCCUGUGGCAGCAGGGGCAAGGUCGAGCUCCGCUUUUGCACCUUGGGUGGAUCCGGCUCAGCCCGGCUUUGGGAGAAACCCCCGGCGGGGAUUUUGGCAGCGGACAAAAGCGGAUUUUUGAGCCAGGAUCGGUGUGCAGGGAGGGGAGAUGGGGAGCACUGGGCUGGGAAGGGCAGCCCAGGGACGUGAGGCCGGCCAGGACAAACCUUUGGCACGCUGGGCUGUGUGCCAGCACCUGGGGGUGUCACUGGCCAGCCCAGGAGGACCCACCCGGGAGGGUGGAUUGGGAUAAGGAAGGGUCAGGGGGUGCUGAAAAGAAGCAGAAAUCCCUCGGUGUGCUGCUCUGGGUGGGUUCCCUCCCUCGUUUUUUGGGAGAACAGGGGUUAAGUGGAAGCAUCCGAGCUAAGCCCUGGCAGGAGGAGGCUGAAACCUCGCAGAGAACAAAGCUCCCAGAGUGGUGCUAAGCUGGUAAAACCUGUGGGAAUGUGGGAGCCUUCAGGGGGAGCAGGGUCCUGGUUCCCCGUGGAAAUCCUGGCCUCAGGUUAUUUUUGGAACAAUUGCUUGGCCAGGCUUCAAAAACGUCCUGGUUUUUUUGGAAGAGUCUGGAGCCUGUGAGCUGUCAGCACAGGCCAGGCUCUGCAGGGUGUCCAGGGCUGGGCUGGGGGGAUCAGGAGGAUCAGGAGGUGCUGCUGGAGCCCCAAUCUGAAAUCAGGAUGGCUGCUGCAUUGAUGGAGGCAGCAGAUUUUUAUUUUCUCCUUUCAGGGAAGCUUUUCCAGGGAGCUCCAAGUUCUUGGGUGCCUCCCAGGGUGGACGUGCAGGUCGUGCCUGGCAUCCCCCCCUCUCCCUGAGCCCCUUCCUUUGCUCCCCAGGGCUGUGCCACCCCUCUUUUAUCAAUUCCCGGCACAUAUGAAAGGGAUAGAGAGGGCAAGGAUUAAUUCUGGGCAAACACUAUAAAGGCACCUACAGUUAGAGCAGGGAAGCACUGGGUUCAUGGUAAUUAUCCUGGUUAAAUUAUAACCUAAUGAACAGGCCACCUCUGUCCUCGGGGCUGCCGCGUUCCCCUGAGCUCCUGGAGGUGUUUGUGUCCCAGCCCCGGUGACACCGAGGGGAUCCACGCGUGGCCAAGGCCUGGAGGUGCCUCCUCACCCCUGGCAGAGCUGGAUUUUGGCACAGCCCUGCCCUUCUCCCCGACCCUCCUGCUCUCCCCAGGUGCUGUGGAGCUGGAGAGACCCCGGGAGCCGAGUGCUGGCAGCUCCCCACGCAUCCCAGAGGCACCAUGAGCCCCAGCGUGGGCCCCCGGAGCUGCUGCCUGCUGCUGCUGCUGUGCCUCCUCCCCUGGGCGCGGGUCCGGGCGGGCAGGGACGGCCCCGCCGUGUCUGCGGCCUCGUUCCUGCAGGAUCUGCUGCAGCGCUACGGGGAGAGCCAGAGCCUGAGCCUCAGGCAGCUCAAGGCGCUGCUGAACCGCCUGGAUGUGGGAGUGGGGCACGCCAACGCCUCCCAAACGCCGCAGCAGCGCCUCAACCUGUCCAGGUGCUUCAGCUCUGUGGAGCUUUUUGCCAUCCACAACCUGAGCGAGGGCUCCCCUGUGGGGCACAGCGAGUUCCAGCAGUUCUGCCCCACCAUCCUGCAGCAGCUGGAGUCGGGGGCGUGCGCGGCCGAGAACCUGGAGAACGAGGAGAACGAGCAGACAGAGGAGAGCAGGCCCAGCUCAGCUGAAGUCUGGGGUUACGGUUUCCUCUGCGUCUCCGUCAUCUCCCUGUGCUCGCUGGUGGGAGCCAGCGUGGUGCCCUUCAUGAAGAAGACAUUUUACAAGCGGCUGCUCCUCUACUUCAUAGCUCUGGCGAUUGGAACUCUCUACUCCAACGCCCUCUUCCAGCUCAUUCCCGAGGCGUUCGGGUUCAACCCUCAGGAGGAUUAUUACGUCUCCAAAUCCGCUGUGGUGUUCGGGGGAUUCUACCUCUUCUUCUUCACUGAGAAAGUCCUGAAGAUGCUGCUGAAGCAGAAGGACCAGCACCACCACGGGCACAGCCACUACGGCCCCGAGGCCGUGCCCUCCAGGAAGGACCGGGAGGAGGGGGUGACAGAGAAGCUGCAGAACGGGGACCUGGACCACAUGAUCCCACACAUCCCCAGCGAGCUGGAGUGCAAACCCCCCUCUGGGGAUGACAAGGCUGUGGUGGGCUCCCUGUCUGUCCAGGACCUGCAGGCCUCCCAGAGCGCGUGCUACUGGCUGAAGGAGGUCAGGUACUCGGACAUUGGCACCCUGGCCUGGAUGAUCACCCUCAGUGACGGCCUCCACAACUUCAUCGACGGGCUGGCCAUCGGCGCGUCCUUCACCGUCUCCGUGUUCCAGGGCAUCAGCACCUCUGUGGCCAUUCUCUGCGAGGAGUUCCCCCACGAGCUGGGGGACUUUGUGAUCCUGCUGAAUGCUGGCAUGACCAUUCGCCAGGCUCUCUUCUUCAACUUCAUCUCUGCCUGCUGCUGCUACGUGGGCCUGGCCUUUGGCAUCGUGGCUGGCAGCCACUUCUCUGCCAACUGGAUCUUUGCUCUGGCUGGAGGGAUGUUCCUGUACAUAGCACUGGCUGACAUGUUCCCUGAGAUGAACGAGGUGAGCCGGGAGGACGAGCAGAACGGCAGCGCCCUGAUCACCUUCGCCAUCCAGAACGCGGGGCUGCUCACGGGCUUCACCAUCAUGGUGCUGCUCACCAUGUACUCAGGGCAGAUCCAGAUAGGGUAGGACCAGC